CCCGGCGGCCAUUGCUCCAAGAUGGCGACGGCGGCGGCGGCGGCAGUGCAGCUGAGCUGGACUGAAACUGUCCCCCUGGUGCUCCCCCAGCCUGCAACGUAGGAGGUUUCUUCUGCCCACAAUAUGAUGAAUUCCGUGAGGUCAUGGGUGUUGUGCGUCUCCGUGUCAUGUGUCCACUGCUGGGUCCCCAGCACUUGAAACAGUGCCUGGCACGUUGCAGGAGUUCAGCAGGAUGUCCUGGAGGCCCAGCUAGGGCCUGAGCUCGGCCCCAUGAGGCUCACCCGCUGCCAGGCUGCCCUGGCAGUCGCCAUUAUUGUCAACCUCCUGGUCCUCUUCUAUGUUUCGUGGCUGCAGCAACGGCCCAGGAACUCCCGGCCACGGGGCCCCCGCCACGGGUCUGCUGCCGGCCCCCAUGUUACCAUCCUGGUGCGGGAGUUCGAGGCCUUUGACAAUGCGGUGCCCGAGCUGGUGGACUCCUUCCUGCAGCAGGACCCAGCCCAGCCGGUGGUGGUGGCAGCAGACAUACUCCCCUACCCGCCCUUGGCCCUGCCCCGUGUCCCCAAUGUUCGCCUGGCACUGCUCCAGCCCGCCCUGGACCAGCCUGCCGCGGCCUCGCGCCCAGAGACCUAUGUGACCACGGAGUACGUGGCCCUGGUGCCUGAUGGGGCGAGGGCUGAGACACCAGGCCAGCUGGAGCGCAUGGUGGAAGCGCUCCGCCGGGGAAGCACCCGCUUGGUGGCUGCCCCUGUUGCCUCAGCCAACCCUGUCCGGUGCCUGGCCCUGAACGUCAGCCUGAGGGAGUGGACAGCGCACUAUGGCCCGGCCCCUUCUGCACAGCGCUGCGACGCUUUGGAAGGGGACGCUGUGGUUCUCCUGCGCUCAAGAGACCUCUUCAACCUCUCGGUGCCCCUGGCCAGGCCAGUAGGCACCAGCCUCUUCCUGCAGACAGCCCUACGUGGCUGGGGGGUGCAACUGCUGGACUUGACCUUCCCCAUAGCCCACCAGCCCCCCCUGACCACAGCCCAUGCGCGCUGGAAGGCGGAGCGCGAGGGGCGCGCGCGGCAGUCUGCGCUGCUGCGGGCGCUGGGCAUCCGCCUGGUGAGCAAAGACGGCGGGCGCCUUGAGUGGUUCGGUUGCAGUAAAGAGACACCUCGUUGCUUUGGGACCGUGGUGGGUGACACACCUGCCUACCUGUACGAGGGGCGCUGGACACCCCCAUGCUGCCUGCGCGCACUGCGUGAGACAGCCCGCUAUGUGGUGGGCGUGCUGGAAGCGGCCGGAGUGCGCUACUGGCUGGAAGGCGGCUCCCUGCUGGGGGCUGCCCGCCACGGGGAUAUCAUCCCAUGGGACUACGACGUGGACCUGGGCAUCUACCUGGAGGACGUGGGCAACUGCGAGCAGUUACGGGGGGCCGAGGCCGGCUCAGUGGUGGACGAGCGCGGCUUUGUGUGGGAGAAGGCCAUAGAGGGUGACUUCUUCCGCGUGCAGUACAGUGAGAGCAACCACCUGCACGUGGACCUGUGGCCCUUUUACCCCCGCAAUGGAGUCAUGACCAAGGACACGUGGCUGGACCACCGACAGGAUGUUGAGUUCCCCGAACACUUCCUGCAGCCUCUUGUGCCCCUGCCCUUUGCCGGCUUCAUGGCGCAGGCGCCUAACAACUACCGCCGCUUUCUGGAGCUCAAAUUCGGCCCCGGAGUCAUCGAGAACCCCGAGUACCCCAACCCGGCCCUCCUGAGUUUGGCAGGAAGUGGCUGAAGCUUUGACUCACACGCCUGCCGACAUGGGAAACUGUCCUUUGUUUCUGGUGUCACUGGCAUUGGUAAAUGGGCCGGGGAUGCCAAGCGGCUCCACAGGGCCCAGCACAGUCCAGGACAUCCAUGUCAUGACGUCUAAGAUUUCCAGGAACCCUGGGCUCCAGGGCUGUGACAGAGUUUUGGAAAGAGGGAGAAAGAGUGUAGGUUCUAAGGCCAAACUGCUGCGAUUCUAACCCUGGCUCUUCCACUUAACUCGUUAAGUGGCCCUGGGCGAGCCUCCUGGUUUCUCCGUUCCUCGUUGCCUCAUCCGCACCAGGGUUCAGUGAGUGCCCUCCCUAUAAGGCGCAUAUAGAAGCCCCAGGAUACUUGGCUGCUCGGGUUGCUUCUACCACUAGAGGGCGUCCUUGCCCUACUGUGGGGCCAAGGAGACCUUAAGCACAGACUACUGUUCCACAGCUUUUUUUGUCUCUUGAACCUUUGGUCUUCUCUCUAAGCCCCUGCGCCUGGCUGGACAGGAUAACUAGCUCCCUUUUUUUCCAGAACGCGACUCCCUUCCCUCCUGGGAGAGCCUGGUGCGGUGCAUGCUGCUCUUAACCCCAUCUCAAAGAGGAGGAAACAGGCUCAGAGGUCUGAGGCACAUCUGUGGUUGGGAGUGAGGGUCUGGAUCCAGGCCCCGCCCCUUUCGAACUGUUACCUCGUUAUUUUCUCUCUCUGCGCCUGUUUCCCUGCUUGGAUGGUGGGGUCAACAAUAAUCACUGCUGACAUUUACUGAGCACUUACUGUAUGCCAGGCACUGCUCCCAGUGUUCACACAGAUGAACUGAUUCAUUCCUGUCCUCAUCCCUCCCAAGUGAGAGCUGCUAUUAUUUCCAUUUAACAGAUGAGGAAAAUGAGGCCAGGAUGGUCAAGUCCUCUGCCCAAGGCCAGAGGGCGGAGGAAGUGGCAGAGUGGGAACUUCAAUGCAGGCUGUCAGUCUGGAGCCCACAAUGACGAGGCCCUGGGUGCCCCUCUCCAGUACUGGUACCCAGAGGGCCUCCUGUCACUGAGCAGGGAAAGCAAUGGCUGCCUUUUUUUCCUUUUCUUUUUUUUUUUUUUUUUUUGGUGAUAAUGCACCUAAGAAUAAGUACUGUUUGGGCAUUACCCCAAUAUGUGUAUUUAUCAAUGAUAUACAGGUACUACUAGCAUUCUAUAUGUUAGUAAUAAGGCUUAAAUUAUUUCAUUUUUAAAUUAAAAUCAAUAUAAAA